GUUGUCCUUUGUGUUGCAAGAACUCAGUGUAGUGUCAGCGACCAAGGUGCGUCCAAACACUCACUGGUAGAGCAAGAAUUUGGUGUUUGUUCGGUUAAUUGGACUCACGAUUUCCCGAAGACAGCAAGAGAAGCAAUCCAAUGCUAGCAUCAACCGCAAGCUCUCACUAUGGGAAACCACUUCUCAAGCUUCAAUCAGACCCCAAUCUGGUGGUUUCACUACGUUCUUCAAGAACUAGCUCACAUCUCGCGUCGUUCUUUCCUCCCGACAAUUCCUGCAUUCAAUUCACACUACAACGAAAAUUUCGCCCGCAGUCACUGUUAAACCAAUCUGUUGGUGUUCCGCCCACCAAUCUAGCUGCAUUAUCGGCAAUCUCCAAAACUUCUCGGUUAAGCUAUUUCUCUCCUCUUCGUUGCGGCGUUUCAUCGAGUGGGUAUAGCGCAAAUGGUGGUCGGAGUUUUCGGGAUUGGGUGGAGCUCGCCGGAGAGGUCCUCUCCACGGCGUUUCCCUUGUGGGUUACAAUUGGGUGCGCAUUGGGAUUGGUCAAACCUAGUUCCUUCGACUGGGUCACGCCCAAACUUAGCAUUCUUGGUCUAACCACGAUCAUGCUUGGCAUGGGUAUGACGCUUACUCUUGAUGAUCUUCGUGGAGCUCUUGCUAUGCCUAAGGAAGUACUCUCUGGAUUCGUGCUUCAGUAUUCGGUUAUGCCAAUAUCUGGAUUUCUUGUAAGCAAACUCUUAAAUCUGCCAUCACAUUAUGCAGCUGGUUUAAUAUUGGUUGGGUGCUGUCCCGGUGGUACGGCUAGUAACAUUGUUACUUAUCUUGCACGAGGCAAUGUGGCGCUUUCUGUUGUAAUGACAGCUGCAAGCACUUUUGCCUCUGUGGUCAUGACUCCUUUUCUGACAGCAAAACUAGCUGGUAAAUAUGUAGCUGUGAAUGCAGCUGACUUGCUGCUAUCAACUUUGCAGGUUGUGCUCCUACCUGUUCUGGCUGGUGCUUUUUUGAAUCAGUUUUUCCAACCUAUUGUUAAAUUUUUCAACCCAUUGAUGCCACCAGUUGCUGUAGCAACCGUGGCAAUUUUAUGUGGACGUGCCAUUGCCCAGAGUUCUUCAGCAAUCCUCAUGUCUGGAGGACAAGUAAUUCUGGCUUCCUGUCUUCUUCAUGCUUUUGGGUUUUCAUUCGGUUACAUACUUGCAAGGAUGCUGGGAAUAGAUGUGUCUUCAUCACGAACAAUUUCCAUUGAGGUUGGCAUGCAGAACUCAGUGCUUGGAGUUGUGUUGGCUACAAAGCAUUUUGGGGAUCCGCUGACAACAGUACCAUGUGCAGUUUCCAGUGUAUGUCAUUCAAUCUUUGGGAGCGCAUUGGCAGGAAUUUGGAGACGCUCCGUACCCUGAGUGAAGAAUUUUGUAUGUAGUUAGUUGUUGAAUUUAUGCAUUAACUUGUUCAUAUGGUUGGGGCUGUUUCAAAGAUGUACGUUAUACUUUUCAAUCGUCAGUUAGAAUUGCAGCUAGGUUGUUUAAUUACCUUUCAGUUCAGAUUGAAUUAUGCUUGCCUGCUAUCAGCAUGGAUAGAUGGAGUUUGGACAUAAUAAUUUAGGUGAUAAAUCUAAGCUUAAACCUGUGAGCACAUUUUCACAAUGAAAA